AUGUUGGUGACAUUCUACUCAAAACAAAGAGAUUCCAAGAAACGGAAGCGAGAAAAUGACGAGCCGAUCAAAUCUGAUGAUCUUUUUGAUGUCCCGCAAAGUUAUGACCACGAACAGUCUGAUGGUAAGAUGAAAAUUAUUGCAAGUAGAAAUGAUUUUUCCAGACACAAAGUUUCCAAUAGAUCUAGAAAUGGGUGUCUUGUAUGUAAAGUGAGAAAGAAGAAGUGCAACGAAGUUAAACCCGUCUGUUCAGAUUGUCAAAGACUAGGUAAAGAAUGCACUUGGAGCGAUCCAUGUGCAAUGUCCGAGCAAGAGAUGAGAGUUUUGAAGGAAAAAAUUGAAAAAGAAGAGAGCGAAUCUAAACUCAGAAAAAGGAAGAGUAGAAUUCAAGAUACACUGGAUAUGCGGGACAUUCUGGAUGAUAUUCUUAAUACAAAGGCGAACAUAAAGGUCGUGACGGAGCCAUUUAAGAGUAAUGGUAGUGACGGAUAUCUAUUGCUGGCAAAGAAUAUGAAGUAUUCUUCGUCAUCACAUAAAGAAACACGACUUGGAAAUCAUCCUUCCACAGAGGUACUAUCCUCCUCCAAAAAUUCUUUGAUGUUAAAUCUUCCCCUCAUUGAGCUGCGACGAGAUUCAAAUGAUACAAAGAAAAAAGUACGUAGGAAUAAUGAAUUGGGCUAUACAGGAACACCACCUUUUUUUGAUGAAAUCGUAUCUCCCAAUUUGUUUGAAAUCUUCGGAAACUUUGAUACCCAGGCUCUCGCUUCGCCUUCAAGUUCUACAUUCGAUGAGCUACUUGCUAACUUUAAUUGCACAAUAAGCCCAUCUCCAACUCUUCCUCCUUCACCCUUUCCGGAACUAUCCAAAAGUGCUCUCUACUUGUAUGAUUACUACGUUCAAAUAUUAUCUGCGAAGGUCUCAAUAGCACCAAUUUCUCAAAAUGAUUCCAACUCAUACCAAAAUGUUUUCUUACCUUUGGCACAGAAGGACAAUGGAGUGUUGAAAGGAAUAUUGGCGUGGGCUUGUUUCCACUUGGGAGGGGAGUGGACAAAUGAGGGCCGAAAGUAUGUUGAAGAAUCGCUUGAUCACUUACACGUUACUACAAUCGAAGGCAAAUCAGUAACAAAUUAUAAGGAAGCGAUCUUGAACAAGUUAGCUACACUUUUGAUUCUAUGUGCUGCCGAGAUAUGUCGCGGUGAUGUAAAAAAAUGGCCCCUUUAUCUUGAAUGGGGCUCAAAGAUAUUACACUCCAAUCGUCAACUUUUGAAUUUCAACAGAACUAGAGAAGAGAAUUGGAUAGUAUCGAAUUUUGCUUAUCAUGACCUUUUAGCUACUUAUUCGAGCGAAAAAGGGACAUUCUUCUCUUCGGAUGAUUAUGUCAGAAUCUUCAAGGAACAAAAACGGCUUUUAAAUGGUAACUUGGAUCCUUUGCUUGGCAUUUCAAAACAUUUAUACAUUCUAAUAGGAAACAUUGGCAAUUUGGCUCUUCAAAGUCGGAAGUUUUCAGAAUCAUACUAUAAUGGAAAGAAUCUGUCUGAAUGUUCAGAUGAAGAGUCUAGCUUUAACGAUGAUGAACUGAUACUUCAACUAUCAGGUAUUAUAGAGACAGGAACCAGCUUGCUCAAUGACAUAGAUAAUUCAAAACCGGAUGCGAAUGAUUUAAUUCAUUUGACGGACCAGGAUUUGGAACUACAGUUAACGCUAUUUGAAGCUUUUCAAAUAAGUGCAAAGUUGUUCUUGAAACAGUCCGUUCUAAUGUGCAAUCCAUCAUAUCUUGAAUGCCAAGUUUUGAACAACGCAUUAAUGAAAUGCCUUAACAUACUCAUUGGCUCACGCGUGCAGGCAUCUCUAGUAUUUCCUGUGUUCAUUUGUGGCAUUCAUUGUAUAACUAAUCGUCAUAGAGAUGCAAUAAGAGAAUUAAUUGGGAGGUUUGUCAAACUGUAUGGGCCUUGGAAUAUUACUAAUAUCAGUAUGGUGAUCGAUAGGGUUUGGUCUGAUAAUCCACAAGGAGAUAAAUUCGUUAACUGGCAUUCAAUAUUGAGGGAAUUAGGUUGGGAUAUCAACUUCGCUUAG